GAAUGCACUACCCAGUACCCAUGCUGCUGUCGCGCCCAGGUGUCCUAGUGAGCAAACAGGUGUCAUGCAUGAUUUUCUUUUUCACUGUUCUGCCGGCUUUGCCCUAAUCUAAGACAUAAAUUCAUAUCGUUUUUUUUUUGUCACUCAUGGAAGAUCCAGACAAAAAAAAUAAAAAUAAUGGUAACGACACAGUGGAAAGAAAGCUUACCGUGGUGUUGCUAGGGGACCAAGUGAAAGACAUAUCAAAAUAGUACUACACAGAUGUUCAAGACUAAGGCUGAUUGCAUGUACCGUGUUUGGGCAUACCAGUAAGCACAGCCAACGCUAUGGGGAAUAAACAAAAUUAGUCCUAGUCCUCCCUGUACUUUGCUCAAACUUUUUCUCGGUCAAAACCUGGCCCCUUCAUCAUACUCCGUGCGUGGGGGUGGAGAAAACACAGACUAAGAUAACAGAUUCCUUUUUUUCCCCCUCCGUUCCCUUGUCGCUUUGAACUUUUCUAUACAGAUAAGGUAUGUUCUUUCUUUUGUCGAUCGGACGUGAUGGGGCCAUUGCGUAACAAUAACGAAGUACAGGCGGAACCAAAUAAUAACAAGACCCGCAAAGCGUGUACAAAAGAACCGGAUUCUUGCGGCUCUUGUAAGCAAGCGCCUUCUGUCGAGACGCGGUAGUGCGCAUGCGCGUCCUUCGGUUGUCGCGUACCUGUGGCUACGCUCAGUCUUUGCAAGGACGCUGCCGAAAUCGCGACGACUGCAGUCACGUUAUAGGACGUUGUGACCUGUGACAAUGUGCUGCGCGCUCCGUCGGCCGCAACAGGACAGCGCUUUCCGCAUCUUCUGAAAACCAUUCCGGCUCCGACAGCACGAUGGCAAUAAGUGGGCUUAGCGGCCGGCACACGAGCAAUCGAAGCGCGCGCAUGCGCAGUGCCACGUCUCGACAGAAGGCGCUUAGCUUCGUUAAAUCGCGCUUGAAUGAUGUUUGGCACGCCGCUCGCGGAACCCGCAUUGUUUUGUCCCUACAUCUGUGUACAUUCAAACAGACACGCCGCAAAAUGUACUCGAAACGAGGAUACCUGAAGAGCGCCCCCUGCCUGAACAAGGCCGGUGACCGGAUCCACAAGUGCGUGAAGGCCUUCCGGGAGGACCUGUACCGGAUCGCGCUCGAGGCGCCGCCCAAGCAGAGGAUACGCUACGCGUGCUGCGAGUACAGCAAGCUGUUCAGCUGCAAGCAGUCCAGCCUGAGGGAGAACUGCAAGGACCCCAAGGCGAUCCAGUACGUCCGCGAGACGGCCGAGCACGUCCUGCACAACCUGGUCAAGGUCUUCUGCGGCCGCUACGAAAGCGGCUCCGACGAGUGCACCGCGCUCGAGAAGCUUCCCGCGCUCAACUCUAAAGAGAACGCGCCCAAGAGCUUCAUCCUGCUGCUCAAGUCCUUCACCGCCAGCGUGCCAUAAGACCGUCACUCGUGGCUAACGCCAAACCGCCAGGAGUGUUGCAGACUGGAGUAGUACUUUCGGGCAGUUUCUACGGUGUCAAGCUUGAGAUGCGAGAAAUGAAAAUAGCGUGAAAUCGCAACCUUACUAUUUUUGAAAAA